AUGGAGCGCGCACCCACGAUGAACAUCCACAAAUCCCCCACAACCCUCUCACGCGUCGACCCGCUCAAACACGUUUUCCGCCGCAUCUUCUCCGCCCUCCCAGACGGCGCGCGCGGCACCGUCGUCGCCAUCAUCGGCGAGUUCCUCGGCACCUUAUGCUUCAUAUUCUUCGCGUUCGCGGGCGGCGAGGUCGCCGCCGCGUCGUCCAACAAGAAACAGAACGAGGGCGUAUCGACGGGCACGGCCUCGAAGAACCCGGCGUUGUUGUUGUAUGUGUCGCUGUCGGCGGGGUUCUCGCUGUUGAUUUUCGUGUGGAUCUUUUUUAGGGUUAGUGGGGGGUUGUUUAAUCCGGUGGUUUCGCUGGGGAUGGCUUUGAUCGGCGCCAUAACUUGGGUUCGUUGUGCGGUUCUUACUGUUACGCAGUUCGUGGCUACGAUUGCGGCGUCGUAUAUGGUUGAGGCUUUGUUUAAUGGAGGGCUUCAUGUUAGUACAGAACUCGGUGGUGAUAUCUCUGUUGCGCAGGGUGUUCUUAUUGAGAUGAUCUUGACUGCGCAACUCAUCUUUACAAUCUUCAUGUUGGCUGCUGAAAAGCAUGCGGCAACUUUCCUGGCACCUAUCGGUAUUGGACUGUCAUUGUUUAUCGCAGAACUAGUUGGUGUAUUUUGGACUGGAGGUUCUCUAAAUCCAGCUCGAUCAUUGGCACCUUGCAUCGUUACGAAGUCGUUCACCUCAUACCACUGGAUAUACUGGGUUGGACCAAUUUCUGGUACGAUCCUCGCCGUUCUGAUCUACAAACUUGUGAAAGCAUUGGAGUAUGAGACACUUACCGGAGAGGAGCAAGAGGAACUUCUUCCAAGGCCGAAUGCAGGAAAGAGAAGGGAAUCUUCGAUCAUCCCGCUGGCUAGCAUCCAUUCGGUUGAGAUAGAGCCAACACAGGCACCGCAAAAGGCUCCUCAAAAACCAAUACAAAAGGAAGUCAUGGAGCCAGGGCAAGUUCUUCCAACAAUGCUUGCUGAUUAG